AGUUAUGUCACCGUUGGUGUAAACUGGCGAGAAAAGAGGGGGCCCUCGACCUGACCGCUGUCGAUUCGGUGAUUUCGCGGGUUCCCGGCUCCCCACACGAUCAUCACCUCCUCACCGGCCUCCUCCUCGGCCUGCCCGCCGGCCUCGAGCCCUCGGGCGGCUGGGCGCCCGAAUCGUCGACGCUUGCAUCGUCGACAUUCGCAUCGUCGACGCCCGCAUCGUCGACGACCGCAUUGUCGACGCCCGUCUGUCCCGACUCGGCGCAGCACCCGGUCGCAAUCGUCUUCCCCUACCGCAACAGGAUGGCCCAGUUGACCGGCGUCCUAGGCCGACUGGUACCGAUGCUCCGGCAACAGGGCCUCUGUUUCGUCAUCUUCGUGGUCGAGCAGGCCGGCCAAACCGAUCUGCCCUUUAACAAGGGCCGUCUCAUUAACGCCGGCUUCCUCGAGGCCGAGCGCCGAUUCCCGCUCGCCUGCUUCAUCGUCCACGACACCGAUCUGGUACCGUUGCACCCCGACCAGCCCUACUCCUGCCAGUCGGCCGGGCAGGCCGACUCUCUGGUCGUUGAGCAUCUCGGCGUGCGCACCCACAACGCUCGCUUCCAGCUGCCCUACCCGACGCUGAUCGGCGGCGUACUCAAGUUCUCCCGGCUCGCCUUCCAGCGAGUCAACGGGUUCUCCAACGAGUACUGGGGCUGGGGUCUGGAGGACGACGACAUGGAGUUGCGUCUUCGAGAGGCCAGCUUGCAGUUGAGGCGGCCAUACUGGGCCACUUCGAUCUACUUCCAUCAGCAACACGACAGGCAGAUGAUAUUCUCGAACAAUGGGAGCAUGCGCCAAAAGCUGUUGGGCAGCGCCAGAAAUCGCAUGCUCAAGGACGGCCUAAACAACCUCAACUACACCCUGAUCGGGGUCCAUGAGACCUGGCUGUACACGCAUCUGCUGCUCGAUGUUGGCCGCCCGCCGUGA